UGUGUGGCCUCGAAUGCUAUCCGAGCUAAUCGCUUCCACUGCCGUGUGACUGCCUGCGUGUAAAGUUUUCCCGAAUUUUCAUCGCGAGAGAGAGAGAGAGAGAGAGAGAGAGAGAGAGAUGACGAUGGCGGUUUUGAAUAUUUUAUCGCAGCCGACGACCCCAUGGCCGACGAAAACCGCUUCCUUUUCUCUCUACAGCUGUAACCAUUACUAUACUAAUUGUUACAUAUUCAGUCGAUUCUCCAUCCGUUCAUCUCUCUCCUCGCUUUCCAAAGCUGUAAUUGUAUCAGCAAAACCGAAUCUCUCUUCUCAGAUGCUUCCUCAAUCCCCAAAAUCAGGCACUGAAGUGCACGUGCAAGACAUUGAUGCAGGCUUGGGAUGUUCAUGGAUACAAGACAGCUCCAGCUGUCCUGACACUGUUUCCAACAAUGGAAGGAGGCAACGUCCAUUGCAUUCUGUUUUUCCCUCAAAACCCGCAGAAGUUUCCUCUGUACAGGACCUUUUUGAAUUUAUAUGCUCAGGCCCACUUCUAAACAAGGUGGGCAUGACUUCAGAGAUGGUGGCCGAGUCCAUCGACAAGUGGUUAGCGUAUGGAUUACACCUUUGCAGGUUGUUUCAACUAAAUGAACUCUACCUAACACUACCUCAGAAGGCUAGGUUUUAUCACUACUAUAUACCAGUCUUCUUAUGGUGCGAACAGCAAAUUUCUCAUCACAGUUCCAAGUUUAAAGAUGGAGAAGAGGUCACUCCUAUAGUGAUUGGGUUUAGUGCCCCUCAAGGUUGUGGAAAGACUACACUAGUCUUUGCUCUUGAGUAUCUUUUCAAAGUCACCGGGAGGAAGUCUGCUACAGUAUCCAUAGAUGAUUUUUACUUGACUGCAGAUGAUCAGGCUAAGCUGAGAGAAAGCAAUCCAGGAAAUGCACUUCUAGAGUUGCGUGGAAAUGCGGGAAGCCACGAUCUUUCAUUUUCUGUUGAAACAUUGACAGCUCUAAGCAAAUUGACUAAAGGAGGUAUGAAGAUGAAUCUACCUCGAUAUGAUAAAUCUGCAAACAACGGUAGGGGUGACAGAGCUGAUCCUUCAACAUGGCCAGAAGUUGAAGGGCCUCUUACUGCCAUCCUGUUUGAGGGCUGGAUGCUUGGGUUUAAGCCCCUUCCAGUUGAAGUAGUCACGCCUGUUGAUCCACAGCUUGAGAUAGUGAACGAGAAUUUAGAAGCUUAUUAUGAUGCAUGGGAUAAAUUCAUAAAAGCAUGGAUAAUUAUCAAGAUUAAAGAUCCAAAUUGUGUCUACCAGUGGCGAUUGCAGGCAGAGAUUGCCAUGAAGGCUGAUGGAAUGCCUGGGAUGUCUGAUGAGGAGGUUGAGGACUUUGUUUCACGAUAUUUGCCUGCCUACAAGGCUUAUCUCCCUGCACUUUACUCAGAAGGACCCAAUGGUUCGGAUCCAGAACGGCUCCUUGUCAUUGAAAUCGAUGAAGGGAGGAAUCCCAUCCCUUAAUUAGGUGAUAACUGUCCAGAUUAUUUUGUGCUGUAAAUCCUUUUUUAAUCUUGCAGAAUUCAUAAUUGACGUGGGCAUGCUUUAGGAAAGAGCAUCAUUACUGUUUUGUGUUUUUCAUAAUUGUACGUGGUUUAAACUCAUGUAAAGGGAACUGAUAUUACAUAAUGCAAAUUGCUAUUGCAAAGAAAGAAGGUUUUGCUAUCUGUUAGAAACUAUCUGGCACAUUUCAAGUAAAACGAAGUGUUUAGAAGUAGUCCCCCCGGUAACCCAUUGAUGUUAAUCAGAACACAUUAAAACACUAAUAGAUUUAUUUAGACUCAUUAGCCAACUGGAAAACUCAAUACCCUUUAAGACACUCCAGGCAACUGAUAAAAGAAGCAGAAACGAAAACGACACCCACACUUGAGUGGUAUAUAAGACAGGCUUCCAGUAACAGAACUUAGGUGCAAUCACUGCAGUCUGCAGAGAACAUCCAAACAACACUCGCAAGCCUUGUCCUUGGGGCGACAUAAGCAGCAACACAUCGUGAACCAACUGCCCAAAGUUGUGUGAAAAAUAAGAAGGGAUAAAGCUAGAUAGUUUUCUUUUUCCCUUGUUUUUCAGAUCUUGGAUUUUUGUGGGACAUGCAAAUUCAAAACCGACGGUGCAUAAUCUCUCAAAGCCACUCGUCUUACCACACGACCUAAAAAACAUAUACAGUUAGUGAGAAUGCAUUACCAACUGUGAGACUAAAUUAGGUCUAUUUGAUCUGUUUUUCUCUAUGCAUAUUUAAUGUCAUAAUGUUAUUUGCGUGUUCAUCUUUUGAAGAAAGAUGGAAUACGUAAGCAAACCUUAAAUGUCGUAACGGAAUAAAAUGGAUUAGUGUAAUUUGAAAAACAAUCCCAUUAAAAAGCUAUCAGUCAAUUUUAGAAGGAAGUGAAAAAAGCAGACUUAACAAGUCAAUUAUAGUGAAACAUAUACUCCUGUACAGAAGGAACAUGACUUAUUGAGAAGGAUGGAAGAAACACAAACCAAGCAUGGAGGCAGCCUUUGUGUGUUCAUGCCGCGGUUUGAUACGUUUCAAAGUAUGCCAUAUUUUGGGAGGCUGGGGCGUCCAUUUUUCCUUGUGAUUUCCUUGUGAUUCAAUGGAUUAAGAAGUGGGCAAAAAAAGAGAGAGUUAUGUGGUUUUAGCUCAAUUGUUUCUAUUGGUUGAUUCAGAUCCAACUUGUCUAACAUUUAUAGGGACUGAGGGGCAAAAGGUUUUGCUCACAUCUUACUUGGAUCCGUAGAAGUGCCGAAUAGUGGCCCCAAAGCAUUAGUAAUGCUACAAACGUAGAUGUUCGGACACAUAUCGUCCGAUGCACGUGGAACCCAUGGAAUGCACGUAGGAUCCGCACAUAUUGAAUGACUUUGGAUACAUCUAUGUCCGGACGUCUUUGUGUGAAUCAUUUUCCUGUUGGUAAUUGGUGUUAAGGUUUUGGAAAUGGCUGAUUGGGGAAAAAAAGAAGAAGAAGCACUAAGAUUAUAGUCUUAUAGACAUGAAUAAAAAUAGGCUGCUGAUUUUGCCACUCCCUUUUUUGUUAACGCCGCUCCCCUGCAAGUAUAUUUUUGGUGCAAAAAUACACUUACAGUGGAGUGACGUUAACAAAAAAAGGGAGUGGCAAAAUCAUUUUCCUAAAAAUAUGGGGCCUCUUAUCAAAUUUGAAGAAUUGGAGGAUACACUACAGCUGAAGAGGAUUUGAGGCUAAACUUUAUAUGACAUAGGAGUUGGUUAUUAUUGCCAGGUUGAGAAAUUAAAGGACAAAUAAAGUAUAGGAUCUAUUGCUUGCUCUGAUACCAUAUUAGAUUAUUAACUACCAAUUCAUCUAAAAGCUUAAGCGGUUUACGGUUAGAGGGAAUGAUAACUUUAUUAUUUAUACCUUCAACAGUCUUGCGCCUGACUAAACUUCGGAUCCAGUAAGUUGAAGUGCAAGUUUUUACUGAUUUCAUGGUAACCAAUUUUAGUCCAAAAAAUAAGAGGAACGUUUCAUAAGACCUGUACCACCAGUGUACCAAAAUGAUUAAAACCAGCUUAAAUGAAAUAGAAAUGGUGAGAUUCGAGAAGAAAGUUCUUGUGGAACAUUAUGAUAUACUGAAUCAAGACAUCAAGGAAUUUGUGGAAGUACAUCAUUAAUAAACCAAAUGCUUGUGCCCGGUCUUUUUAUUUGGAAGUAAACAGAGAAAACAAAAAAAUCAUAAUUUGACAGAAUUGCAAGUUUACAGAGGCACUCAACACUCUCACUAGGCCAGUGAAGGCUACGAACAAACAGACAACAACAAUAAUAACAGAACUCAUGUAGUCCUCAAUCAUUGGAAGUAUGAGCUACGAACAAAUAGAACAAAGGAAAAAAUAAAACGAUGAAAUAAGGUGAUGAUAAACCAUAAACAUUGGCCUAAUAAUCCCUUGUGCAUGAAUAAAUUAGGAGCAGUUACAACAGAGAAUGUCCAAACAACACUCGCAAGUCUCGUAGCAACAGCAACAACAG